UAGAAAUUAAGAAAAAGAAAAAAAAGAAAUAUUAUUAAUUUUAGGAGAGUUUGGUAAGGUGGUGGUGUCCUGCCGUCUUCAAACCCCUCCAUUUCCCCAAAUCUCCCGUCUGAUCGGAUCCAUCCCUUUGCAGCGAUCUAACUCCAUAAACGCCGGUCAGAGCAGCCUUUCGCUCGAGAAAAAUGUGGGGGAUCGUUCGGCAAAAGGUUGGCACUGGAGCCUCAUCUAUUCUGGCUUUGCAGAGGCUUCGCCCAGCCGCCUCGGCAUCGAGAUACUAUUCAUCGGCGGCAAAAGAGAUGACUGUGAGAGAUGCUCUAAACUCUGCACUUGAUGAAGAAAUGUCCGCUGAUCCUAAAGUUUUUUUGAUGGGUGAAGAGGUUGGAGAAUAUCAGGGUGCCUAUAAGAUAACCAAAGGGCUUUUGGAGAAAUAUGGUCCCGAGAGGGUUCUUGAUACCCCAAUCACAGAGGCUGGGUUUGCUGGUAUUGGUGUCGGCGCUGCUUACCAUGGUCUGAAGCCUGUUGUGGAGUUUAUGACAUUUAAUUUCUCCAUGCAGGCCAUUGAUCAUAUCAUUAAUUCUGCGGCAAAAACGAAUUAUAUGUCAGCUGGCCAAAUUUCUGUGCCAAUUGUCUUUAGAGGGCCUAAUGGUGCAGCUGCUGGAGUUGGUGCCCAGCACUCCCAGUGUUAUGCAGCAUGGUAUGGCUCCUGUCCUGGCCUGAAAGUUUUAGCCCCAUAUUCAUCUGAAGAUGCACGUGGGCUUUUAAAAGCUGCUAUAAGGGAUCCAGAUCCUGUGGUGUUUCUUGAAAAUGAGUUAUUAUAUGGUGACUCAUUCCCUGUUUCAGCAGAGGUCCUUGAUUCCAGUUUCACCGCUCCCAUUGGAAAAGCUAAGAUUGAGAGAGAAGGGAAGGAUGUGACUAUUACUGCUUUUUCGAAGAUGGUGGGCUAUGCACUUAAGGCAGCUGAAAUACUUUCCAAAGAAGGAAUUAGUGCUGAGGUUAUUAACCUGCGCUCUAUUCGGCCACUAGACAGAGCCACAAUUAAUGCUUCAGUUAGGAAGACCAAUAGAUUAGUAACGGUUGAAGAAGGGUUUCCUCAGCAUGGGGUUGGAGCUGAGAUCUGCACAUCUGUUGUCGAGGAAAGUUUUGGCUAUCUUGACGCGCCAGUGGAGAGGAUAGCAGGGGCCGACGUUCCCAUGCCUUAUGCAGCCAAUCUUGAAAGGAUGGCUGUUCCCCAGGUUGAGGACAUCGUUCGAGCAGCAAAAAGAGCAUGCUACAGAGCCGUACCAUUGGCUGCAACUGGUUAAGUUAAUUUUGCCCUUCCAAUCUGGAAAAAUUUUCCAUCUUAGGGUAAGAUUUAAUGACUUAUCUGUCAUUUUCUGUUCCUGUUCUCUCAAUCAAGGAGAAAUUUCACUCUUCCCUUGUAAAAUAAAACCUUUUGAUGUUUAAACUUCACCCGCUUUCUUUUAGCCAAGACAAUUGCAACCAUUAUUCUUUUAAUGGGCAAGUCCAAUCCAAGUACAUGAUACUUUUGUGAAAAGAAAUAUCCAUUUCUUCCCAAAAUCAUCACGGACGUAGGAUAAAUUGGUGGUCCGUUGAAUGAUUUGGCUUUUAGUUAAUAUAUUUUGUUGACACUUGUAAAAUAAUAAUUGGCUUAGCAGAUGCAGGACACUGUACAUUGUUUCUGUGAUGGCGUCUGGUCUGGGGACAUAACCAAGUUGUUAAAAUUUUAACUUGGGAGAAUAUUUGUCAAAGAAGGGAAUUUCAAUUUUGUCAACUC